AUGAGGGAGGCAGAGAUAGGCGGUGGUGGGAAGUUCAACAAGGCCGAUAACAUCCGGAGAAAUAGUCUGUCUGUGUCUGUAGAGAUGCAGAGUUGUCUAAAGGACGCGGCGAAGGAAAAUGCUACAACAAAGCUCAAACAUGCAGGACUUGAGCGGCAGACUAGAUGGGUGUCAAGACAUGGUGCUUCAUUGGAUUCCAGCUCCACGUCGGAGUGCCAGGAAAGGGUUCUUAGAAGCAGACAGGCUGGCAAAGCAGGCAAAGCAGGCGCCUUAAAACACCGAACAACCCGAUCCGGAUUCGAUACGGACGCUGCUGGCAACCACAAGAUCAGAGAACUUCUUCCUAAUGUCCAGACCCAGAACGAUAUCUUUUCUUUGCGCUGGACUUUCUCAUGUUGUUUGGAGGCCUUUCCGUGA